AUGGUUAAGGUGUCAACGUGUGACGGACAAACAGGCACGACGCAUAAGAGCCGAGAGUGUGAAAAAUCCAUAAAUAGAAUGAAAUGGCGUUGUCGGGUAUGCGUCCGCUACGGCAAGCCGAGCCAAGACGAGCUUUGCUUCGAUUCGCCUGCCGACGCAACCAUUAUUGCCGAAGCCAUCGACAAGAGCACGAAAUGGCAAACUCGGCGAAAAUGCCAUUUUGCAAUUGACCGACGAGGUUUGAAUGAGCUCGCUCUUGCCCUACCGCAUACUGUACACUGCACCUUGUUUCAUCCUCUACCAUCGAUCGGCACAACCGACGACUCGACGACAACAUUGCGGAGCUUUGCGAAAUUUCGUCGUUCGAUGCGGACGUUUGAGAGGACGCUCUAG